AAUUUGGCUGUGACAAAAAAGAGUUUAUUGCCAGAUAUAGAACACAAAUCAAAAGCAAUUCUGUAUUUAGAAAAUACGAAAAUCUACAUAAAAACAUGCCAUCCGUAACGUUAAAAGAUGUGGAUCAAGCAAAAUUUGUCAAGGCCUUUGCAGCCUUUCUGAAAAAAACUGGUAAGAUGCGAGUGCCAGAAUGGGUGGAUAUUGUGAAGACAGCCAAAUUCAAAGAGCUGGCACCCUAUGAUCCUGACUGGUACUAUAUUAGAUGUGCAGCCUUGGUGCGUCAUAUUUAUAUUCGUAGUCCCGUUGGAGUUGGUGCAGUCACAAAGAUCUUUGGUGGACGCAAACGUAAUGGCACUCAUCCCAGCCACUUCUGUCGAUCAGCAGGCAGUGUCGCAAGAAAAGCACUUCAGAGCCUGGAGCAGUUGAAACUUAUCGAAAAGGCACCCCUUGGUGGACGUAAACUGACCAGUCAGGGACGCAGGGACUUGGAUCGUAUUGCUGCACAAGUUAAAGCUAAGAGCAAAAAGCAACUUAAGCUUCAAGACGCAAUUGUAAUUUAAUACCCUUCUUCUAUAAUAAAAUAAAAAACAUAAAAUCUCAA